UAGUCUCCGACCCGGUGGUAUAAAAGCCGAAAACGGCCCAUCCAUCGGUAUCAUUCGCAUCACAGACUCACAGCUCGAGCCAACUACCGAUCAAGCAAGCAACCAUGGCCUUCAAGUUUGUCGCCUUCGCCACCCUGCUCGCCGCCGCCAACGCCGGCGUGAUCGCUCCCGCCGCUCCUCUGGCGUACGCCACGGCUCCCCUCGCCGUAGCCCCCAUUGCCAAGGCUGUGGUGGCCAAAGCGGUCGACGCUGACUUCGACCCGCAUCCCCAGUACAGCUACGCUUACGACGUACACGACAGCUUGACCGGUGACGCCAAGAGCCAGCAGGAGACCCGUGACGGCGACAUCGUCCAAGGCAGCUACUCCCUCCUUGAAGCUGAUGGCACCAGGCGCACUGUUGACUAUACCGCUGAUCCAGUCAACGGAUUCAACGCCGUGGUCCGCAAGGAACCCGCCGCCGCUCCCAUUGCUCACGUUGCACCAGCUCCUCUCGCUUAUGCCGCGCCGGUAGCGAAGAUCGCCACCCCUGUGGCUUCCGCACCCAUCGCCUACGCCGCCCCCGUAGCUAAGUUCGCCGCUGCCCCGGUCGCUUACGCCGCGCCAUUCGCCAAGGUUGCCGCCGCUCCCGUCGCGUACGCCUCGCCGAUCGCCAAGGUCGCCGCAGCCCCCGUUGCCUACGCCGCAGCCCCUGCCUACCUCCACUGAACUGACCGGAUCG